CAACCCUCAUCCUCUCAGUGUGCCGCCCACCUCGUGCAGGGAAGGAGGUCGGGAAUAUACUCUUUCUGCCUUAGCCGGUGUAGCAGUGAGGCCUCCAGUUAAAUAUAUCAACCCCGAAGACCAUGGCCGCUAGUAACACAGUCUCGACCCUGAGGAGAAGUGCCCCCAGUGUGGUGGAGUGCUUCAAGAAUGCCAAGUUGUACCGGCGGGAGGUGCCAGCGCAGGGCAGCCCCCCCGGCGAGAUAGUGACACUCUUCACGUGGCUGGGUGCCAAGCAGAAGCACGCCCACAAGUACGCCAAGUGCUGGACACGCCGCGGCCACGAUGUGCUCUACGUCACCACCUCCGUCAGGGACCUCCUCGCUCCCAGGACCGGCGCGGAGGUCACAGCGAAUCGUGUGCUGGACUUCCUGGACAAGCGGGACUCCAAGGUCAUCGUGCAUGGGCUCAGCGUGGGUGGCUACCUCACCAUGCGUGUCCUGAUGGGGGCACAGGACUCACAGGUCAAAAUUAGCCACCAGAUAUUCGACAGCUUCACAAAUUGUUCUGGCAUGGAGGCCGGGGUGGAGAACGCAGUGAGUCCCAGGUACCGAGGGCUGGCCAAGUCUUUAGUCAAGUUGUAUGUGAAGCACGGGGACCUCUCGAGUAUUUACGAAGCACAGAAGUUUGCCCUCACCUCGCCCUGCAGAGCCCCAGCAAUGUUCCUACACAGUUUUAGCGAUGAGGUGUCUCCAUUCUCCGAGCUGGAGCCCAUCCUGAGGGCCCAGCAGCGCACCGCCCCCACCACCGCCUUCUUCAUCCCCACGGAGCUCAGGAUCCCUCACGUCUCCCUCCUUAAGUACCUUGGCGAAGACAGAUACAUGGGAUACAUUGACAAGUUCAUCGAUGACAACAGAGGAGCAGUGGUGCAUCCCGACAAAGACUACUCGUCCGUCGCCACCGUGGAGUACAUCACCGAGAUCCCCGAGCUGUGCCCCGACAGGAUCCUCGUCCCCCAAUAGGAGUGUGUGUCUGUCUGUUGAACGUGCAGCAGAGUCUCCCCGCUGCUGCUGCUCCCACACAUUUUUAGUUUUAGAUUUAUGUUGUCCUGAAUUGUACUGCAAAGAUUCUACAUUAAAGUAUUGUAACUCUG